UCUCUGGAAUUUGGAGCCACCCAAUACCAACCCCAACCUCACUCAACCCAAUUCAAUUGCAGAAAAUAUUGAAAAAAAAAAAAGACCCCCCCCCCAAAAAAAAAAGUCUCCACAGUUUAACAAAAAGUCUCCUCUCCCCUCCCUCCCUCCCUCCCUCUCGCAAUCUCUUUCCCAGAGGCAGAGGUUUUAUUUUGGUUUUCGUUGCAGAAGAAGAAGCAGUUGCAGCAGCAACGACGACGGGACAGGCCGAAACAGAGGGCUUCCUUGCUUGCAGAUUCUUCUUCUAAUUUCUUCCGCCUGCCUGCCCGUAUUUCUUCUUCACAACAACAAUAUUCUCCGUUCCGAAUUUCAGUUUAUUCUAGAGAGAGAUCCAUCCGAUCCCGGCAGCAGAUCUCAUCCCAUCCGAUCUGAUCUGGUUUGAUAUUGUGGUCCUGAUUUGAGCACAAGUGAACAAAGGUUGGGGUGGGGGGUGCACUUAAAAGCAUGGAUGAAAUGGAGGGUGGAGCAGGAGCAGCAGCUGCAGCCGCAAGGUAUUGGUGUCACUUUUGCUCCCAAAUGGUGAACCCAGUCAUGGAAGUGGAGAUGAUCAAGUGCCCCCUUUGUGAAAGGGGAUUUGUUGAGGAAUUGGGCUCUGCCGUCUCCUCCCCCUCCGUGGAAAACAACAAUCCAUUCCCUGAUGAUUACUUCUUUGGAGGUGGUGAUGGGGGACCAGAAUUUGAAUCUGAUCGCGCCCUCUCCCUUUGGGCCCCAAUCUUGCUUGGCAUGAUGAGCAAUCCCCGACGGCGGAGAAGAUUCAGAAGGAGGCUAGAGUACGCGGAUGAAGAUGAUGAUGAGGAUGAUAGUGAGCGUAACAACAGCGUCCAGCAUGAGGGACAGACCGACCGGGAACUGGAAUCCAUCAUCCGCAGGAGGAGGAGCUCUGCGACCAUUCUCCAACUUCUCCAUGGUAUUAGAGCUGGGAUGCUAACUGAAUCAGACAACCCUGCAAGUGACAACAGGGAUGGGAAUGGUGAUACCGCUGAUAUUAGGGACAGAGAAAGGGUAAUUCUUAUCAACCCCUUCAAUCAAACUAUCAUUGUUCAGGGUGGUUCUUACGAGUCAACCAAUUCCCAGAAUCAGGGUCGCAAUCCUAUUGGUUCUCUGGGUGAUUAUUUUAUAGGUCCGGGCCUUGAUUUACUGCUGCAGCAUUUGGCAGAGAACGACCCCAACAGGUAUGGCACACCGCCAGCACAGAAGGAGGCGGUGGAAGCAAUGCCCACAGUGAAAGUGGAGGAGAAUUUGCAGUGUUCUGUUUGUUUGGAUGACUUUGAAAUCGGAAGUGAAGCGAAGGAGAUGCCUUGUAAGCAUAAGUUCCACUGUGGGUGUAUUAUCCCUUGGCUGGAGAUUCACAGUUCCUGUCCAGUUUGCAGGCAUCAGCUGCCUGCGGAUGAAUCGAAGCUGGAUUCUGAUGGUUUUAGGAACAAUAGCAACGGCGGCAGCAAUGACACUGGGGAGAGUAACAACAACGGAGGCAGUAGUAAUGGUGGUGGCAUGGGGGAAGAUGGGGGUGGGGAUUGGGAUGGGAGAAAUGGGAAUGGGAGACGGUUCUCCGUGCCUCUUCCGUGGCCUUUCAAUAUAUUUUCAUCCUCAGGCUCAGGGGGGGACGGGAAUAAUUCCUCAUCGACACCGUCGUCCUCCUCCUCAGCUGCAGCAGCAGCAAAUGCAUCGUCCAGAAAUGGUUCUCAAUCUCAUACAGAUGAGAAUUGAGUCUAAACAUAACUGUGGGUACUGGAAGCUAGCCCUUUCUGAUCUGUUGCGUGAAUCCCUCUUUUUUUAUCCUUGCUUAUUACAUAUGUACAUAUUUAUAUCUAUAUCUAUAUAUAUAUAUCUAUAUAACAUUGCAAGAGAACCACCAGAUUCUUGUACUUGGGUUGUAUGAGCACAUGUUUUUACAGAUUAUUGGUUGUAAUAUUUUAGUUAGUGAGCAGAAACAGCGAUGCUAUAUCAUAAAAAUGGCAGCCUGCAUGUGUGUUCGUUUUUCAACAUGACAUUAGUUGUGUUUUGGUUC